AAGUCAACUAGGACACCACUACUCUGCCGCGCGCGCGAAAGCAGAACACACUACUACAGUGACGCAACUUCCCUCUGCCUAUAAAAGGUUCAGCGGCAGAACAAGCUCAGCUCAGCGCCUCGCAGCCUUCUUUUUCAUCAUUUCUUGCACAAACAAAACAAUCCAACCAUCGGUCGAAGCUGUCACAAUAAUGGAGGCGUCGACCCCUCUUCUGACCCCUUACAAGAUGGGCCAGUUUGAUCUCGCUCACAGGGUCGUUCUUGCGCCGUUGACGCGGUGCCGGUCCUACGGGAACGUGCCCGGGCCGCACAACGCCGCGUACUACGCGCAGCGGGCGGCGCGGGGCGCGCUGCUGGUGGCGGAAGCCUGCGCGGUGUCGGAGACGGCGAGAGGGUACCCCGACGUGCCCGGGAUUUGGAGCGCGGAGCAGGUGGGGGCGUGCGUGCACGCCAAGGGCGCCGUCUUCUUCUGCCAGAUAUGGCACACGGGCCGCGUCUCCCCGACAGAGUUCCAGCCUAAUGGGCAAGCACCCAUCUCAAGCACGGACAAGCAAGUGACCCCACAGGUCAGCCAUGAUGGCCAAGUUCUGGAAUUCGCUCCUCCUCGAAGACUGAAAACAGAGGAGAUCCCAAACAUCGUCGACGACUUUCGUAUUGCUGCCAGAAAUGCCAUCGAGGCCGGUUUCGACGGGGUUGAGAUCCACGGCGCCAAUGGUUACCUGAUCGACCAGUUCAUGAAGGACAGCGUCAACGACCGGACCGACGCGUACGGCGGCGGCAUAGAGAACCGGUGCCGCUUCGCCGCGGAGGUGAUCACGGCGGUGGCCGGCGAGAUCGGCGCGCACCGCCUGGGGGUGCGCCUCUCCCCGUUCGCCGACUACAUGGACUGCCACGACUCCGACCCGGAGGUCCUCGCGCUGCGCGUGAUCGGCCUCAUGAACAACCUCGGCGUCCUCUACUGCCACAUGAUCGAGCCGAGAAUGUGCGUCGGCGCCGGCGAGGACGGCAGCAAGCCGGUGAUCGCGCACGGCCGCCUGCUUCCGUUCAGGAAGGCGUUCCGGGGCACGUUCAUGGUGAACGGUGGGUACGACCGGGACGAAGGCGACAAGGCGGUCGCCGACGGCUACGCCGACCUGGUGGCGUACGGGCGGCUGUUCCUGGCCAACCCUGACCUGCCGGAGAGGUUCAGGAGGAAGGCAGGUCUGAACAAGUAUGACAGGAGCACGUUCUAUACCUCUGAUCCUGUGGUGGGCUACACGGACUACCCGUUUCUGGAUGAUCAGAAUUCAGAACUAGCAACUCGUUGAGUUCUUCCGUCCCAAAGACCGACCAGAUGCUCGUGCUACCAUGCUGGGCACUUGCAUGCAUCUAGCUUGGACAUUUGUGGUGUGAACCUCAGCUUGUACCGUGUGUACUAUACUAGUAUAAAAACGACUUACUCAAAAUAAGUACUUGAUUUUAUUAUGAAUUUUUUUAGUUUUCAGGUGUCCAAAAAUAUCAUAAAUUUGAGCCAAAUUUUUUACGUCUAAGA